CAGACAUCUGCUCCUCACAUGAAUGCACUCACCUCCUAGAGACCAGGCUGCCAUCAUGCUCUGGAAGCUCGUGGAGAAUGUCAAGUACGAAGAUAUCUAUGAGGACCGUCACGAUGGCGUCCCGAGCCACAGCUCGCGGCUCUCCCAGCUGGGUUCGGUGUCCCAGGGACCCUACUCGAGCGCCCCGCCGCUGUCCCACACCCCGUCGUCGGACUUCCAGCCGCCCUACUUCCCGCCCCCUUACCAGCCGCUCCCCUACCACCAGAGCCAGGACCCCUACUCCCACGUCAACGACCCCUACUCCCUGAACCCCUUGCACCAGCCCCAGCAGCACCCCUGGGGGCAACGGCAGCGGCAAGAAGUGGGCUCGGAAGCCGGCUCCCUGCUGCCCCAGCCCCGGGCCGCCCUGCCCCAGCUCUCAGGCCUCGAUCCCCGGAGGGACUACCACUCGGUGCGCCGGCCGGACGUGCUGCUGCACUCGGCGCACCACGGCCUGGACGCGGGCAUGGGGGACAGCCUCUCGCUGCACGGCCUGGGCCACCCCGGCAUGGAGGAUGUUCAGUCAGUUGAAGAUGCCAAUAACAGCGGCAUGAAUCUAUUGGACCAGUCUGUCAUUAAGAAAGUUCCGGUUCCUCCCAAAUCUGUGACUUCUCUGAUGAUGAAUAAAGAUGGCUUCCUGGGAGGGAUGUCCGUCAACACAGGCGAGGUGUUUUGCUCAGUCCCGGGCCGCUUGUCUCUGCUUAGUUCAACUUCAAAAUACAAAGUAACUGUGGGGGAAGUUCAGAGACGGCUCUCGCCUCCCGAAUGCCUCAAUGCUUCUCUCCUCGGUGGCGUCCUCAGAAGAGCCAAAUCGAAAAAUGGGGGGAGAUCUUUGCGAGAAAGGCUAGAAAAAAUCGGUUUGAAUUUACCGGCGGGCAGGCGCAAAGCGGCAAAUGUCACGUUACUCACCUCCCUGGUGGAAGGGGAAGCUGUUCACUUAGCUCGGGAUUUUGGGUACAUUUGCGAAACAGAGUUUCCUGCCAAAGCUGUUUCUGAAUAUUUAAACCGACAGCACACGGACCCCAGCGACCUGCACUCUCGAAAGAAUAUGCUGCUGGCAACCAAGCAACUUUGUAAAGAAUUUACGGAUCUGCUGGCACAGGACCGGACACCGAUCGGGAACAGCCGGCCCAGCCCUAUUCUGGAGCCGGGGAUCCAGAGCUGCCUCACGCACUUCAGCCUCAUCACGCACGGCUUUGGGGCCCCAGCCAUUUGCGCGGCGCUCACUGCUCUGCAGAACUAUCUCACCGAGGCGCUCAAAGGCAUGGACAAGAUGUUCUUGAACAACACCACUACUAACAGGCACACGUCUGGGGAAGGCCCAGGUAGUAAAACUGGCGACAAGGAGGAGAAACACAGGAAAUGAAAAGAGUUUAAAAAAAAAAAAAAAAGAAAAGAGUGUUUUAAAUACAAAAGGAAAACAGAAAAAAUAAUUUUAGCUUUAAAAUAUUGGAUUGGCUUUGGAAGAAUUACAUUAGGUAGAAUGCACACAAUCACAAUCAAAAUUUUUAAAAAGCAAGCUAAAUAACAUUAAAAAAAAAAAAAAAGCCUGAGGCGUACAACGGAGCAGCAAUGUUGGGUCCCAGUGUCAAUUUCAAGAUACACUUGGAGACAACCGCCUGGAUUUUCCACUUCGGUUCUUUCGAGCUUAGUAAUACUGAUAAUAAAAGAAAACUAUGAUUUCCCCCCCCCUUUUUGGAAAAUAAACGUAAGACUAAACACGAGAAAAACUAACUUAUUGGAAGAAAAUCGGAGAAACAUUGUUGGUGUCAGUGCUUUGAGAGCUGGUUGACUGAGAUGCACGAACUUUUUAAUUUUUAAUAUUUUUUUAGGAAACUCUCGCAGUCCCUGCCCUCCACCCUACAAGUCUUUUCGCAGCCACUCUUUUCUAUGUUUCCCUCCCUUCCUGAGGUCAUUCCGGAAAUCU